GAUUCCUUCAAGCCUCCUCAGAGAUCUAUUGAUAAACCUUUUAGAUUAUGUGUGGCUGAUGUUUUCAAAGAUCAAGGAUCUGGAUUUUGUGUAACUGGUAAAAUUGAAGCUGGUUAUAUCCAGACCGGUGACCGACUACUAGCAAUGCCUCCUAAUGAAACUUGUACUGCAAAAGGAAUCACUCUGCACGAUGAACCCGUCGACUGGGCGGCAGCAGGUGAUCAUGUUAGUCUUACGUUGGUUGGGAUGGAUAUCAUCAAGAUCAAUGUUGGCUGCAUAUUUUGUGGCCCCAAAGAACCCAUUAAAGCUUGCACUCGUUUCAGAGCUCGAAUCCUCAUCUUUAAUAUUGAAAUUCCUAUCACUAAAGGAUUUCCUGUGCUGUUACACUACCAGACUGUCAGUGAACCUGCCGUUAUUAAACGGCUGAUUAGUGUCUUAAACAAAAGCACAGGUGAAGUCACAAAGAAGAAGCCAAAGCUGUUGACUAAAGGCCAGAGUGCCUUGGUGGAGCUGCAGACACAGCGCCCGGUGGCUCUGGAGCUGUACAGAGACUUUAAAGAGCUGGGGAGGUUCAUGCUGCGCUACGGGGGCUCCACGAUCGCGGGGGGCGUGGUCACGGAGAUAAAAGAAUGAUGAGUCAGAAUUUCUACCAUGUUUCCAAAUGCAAUGAAAUAGCUAACCUCUGUUUUUAAAGAAUCCAGUUGUUCAGUUAAAGGAACAAUGUGCAAUUGGUUAUUUUUUUAAAUGAGAGAGAAACUUAAAACGAUAUAAUCAGCUGCAAAGAAGUAUUAAUCAUCACUCCUGCAAAAAUUUCAAGUUGCCAAAUGGCAAAGAAAGGCUAAUAUUACACUUUCAUUUAAAAAACCGGCUUUCCCUUUGAAAUGUUAGUGAAUGGAUUUACUUUGCUGAGGUUUAUGGAAACUAUCAGAAAUAUGUAUUAGAAGACAUUCAGUCAUCAUGAAAUGAACUCUACUUCCAGCCAAACCACAAAAUGUUUACAGUGUUCAACUCUACUGCACACAUUUUAAGGAAAAGUAACUAAAUUGGGUUGUUGAGGCAGUUAAUAUUUAACCUGAGCAAUUUUUUUUUUUUUAGUUAACUAAGAAAAGAUUUCCUGAAGGUUAUAGGAAAAGUAUUUUGUGUUGAGCAUAAGAAUAUUCUUCCUCCAACAAAUGAACUUUUGAAAGCUUAAUUUGGAAUUAGUGGAAACUGUCCUUUUGGUAACCAAGAUAUUAUUUAAGGUGUGUAAAGCCAGCUAAUAAAAUACCUUAGUUUGAGCAUAA